AAGGAGAGAGGAUGAAGCAGGAGUAGAGAACAGAGGAGCACAAAAACAGAUCAUUAUACGGCAAAUGAGCAAGAGGCCGCUGAGUGAAUAACAAGGAAGGGAUUACAAAGCGCAGGACUUAAAAAAAGAGGAGAGGGACGCCGUCUGAAGACUCUUUCUAUCUGCUUUCUCUCCCUCUUUAUUUUAUUUUUUUUACCCUUCCUGUCACCCUCCCAGCUCCUCUCAGAGCCUCUCCCCUCCCAGGCUGUCUCCUCAGAGAAAGAUGGCACACUCUGACCCAUCCUCAGCUCAUUUCCCUUCUUCUCUUCCCUCCAUCUGAACGCCUUCUCUUUCUUCUUCGCUCUCUGCUCGGGUUCAUUCCAGGAGGUGAGGAGGAGGCGAGAGAGGGGCUGACCUCCCUCCUGCUGCACCUCAACAACACACACACACACACACACACCUCCUGAAGGGCCUGAAGGGAGCAGACAGGGGAGCAGGAAACCGUCUGAUGACUUUCACCCGCUCCACACUCUUUAACCCGGUCGACCAAAGCUCGAUCCUGUGACCCGAACUCUCUGAGUCGGCGCAGGAAAAACCUGGGAAUCAUGUUUGGAUUAAAGACGCCACACUUCUACCUUCCAGUUUAAACUGAAUAAAUAUGCUGCACGAGGAGUGACUCGGCCCAUCAUUUCCUGCUGUGUAACAUAUUUUGGCGAGCCAGCCAGGAGGUGGCGCUAGUGAAUCAACACCAUCACCAACCACCUUCCUUCACAAGAGACGAACCAGAAAGAAAAAAAGAUGGAAGCAGCACAGCUUCUGCGCGAUCGAGUGAGUGCAACCUUGUGGCAGUUGGAAAGAGAGCAUCUCGUGGACGUCUGCAGGCGACUGAAGUGUUCCGGCCUGGACAGCGGAGAGCCUCAAAGUAAAACCAAAAGGACACUCAUCAGGUUGGCAGAGGACAUGUUUGAUGAGAUAGAGAAAAGUGAAGAAGAGGAUCAAGUGGAACAGUUUUAUAAAGAAACAGCCACGUAUAUCCAGAGACUAAGUAAAGUAAUGUGUCAGUCUGAAGAGGAAUCCUCAUUUAAAAAGUCUGUGUCACAGGUAGACCUUGAGGACACUAUUCCAUGCACCCCUUCAGUCCAGGCAACAGAUUAUCCACUCAAAACCCGACCAGAGCCAAAACAAACUCUGCAGGAGGUAACAUUGAGGAGGGAGUUUAAAAUCUCUGGGCAGAUUGGAGAGAGUGGGCAGAAGGAUAAGCUGUCCUACCUCAGUUUAGUACGCCAGAUCGAAAACGGGAUUGAAAAAGGACACUCCGAGGUUGAAGUAGUUGAAGCAGUAAUUAGGGCCAUCAGUCCAGGAAUGCCCCUAAGAGACAUGUUGGAGAUAAAACGUGGGUUAACCCUUAGCAAACUGCUCACUAUACUAAAGGGACACUACCGGGUCGAUAGCCCCACUGAACUUUACCAUCAGCUGCUCAAUAUCUCCCAAGAACCCAAAGAAACUGCCCUAAAUUUUGUAUUUCGUGCUAUCGAGCUCAAAGAAAAACUUCUCUGGAAAGCAGCAAAUGAGGAGACCGAUGAACUGUACAGCAGGACCACAAUUCAGCGUAAGUUUCUCCGCUCCAUUGAAACUGGGCUACUCAGUGACUCCAUUAAGUAUCAGUUGCUGCCUCUCCUAAGUAAUAUGACCAUAACAGAUGAAGAACUGAUUGAGAAGGUUAACGAAGCUUCAAAACUAGAAAAUGAAAGAUUGGAGAAACGAAGAAGGUCCACUGCAGUCAAGAUUCCCAAGGUACAAGAGCUCCAAACAGCGUGCCAGACAGCCCUGACAUCUGUUCAAAGCCACCCGAAACCCAAAGAAUCCCCCAUUACAGUGGCUGUGAAAACAGUUAAAAAUAAAGAGACUAAAACAGACCCACAGCAGAUCAUAGAAGAACUUCGCAAAGAAAUGAAAGAGAUGUUUGUGGCUGCUAUGGAAACCAGUCCCCACACCAUGGCACCAAAACAAAGACAAAAAGGCUGUAAGAAGUGCAGAGAAGAGGGAAAAGGAGACAACUGUAUGCACUGUUUCAAAUGUGGGCGGGAGGGCCACUACUCUCGUGGAUGCCAAGCACCGAGACCGUUGAUGGGAAACGAGGAAGGGCUACUGAGGUGGGACCAGCAGUAGUCCAGGAUCCACGGUCCCAUAAUGAGCAGUCAAGCCCACCACCAUCCUCCAAUGAAAUACCAGUUGCUGCCUUAUCAGCUGUAACCGAAGUUUAUUAUCUACCCCCUCAACGCAAGUCAAGGUUAGUAAGCCUGGUGGGAAACCGCUGUACUGUUAACUGUUUUAUGGACAACCAUCCAGUCAAAGUAUUGUGGGAUUCAGGGGCACAGUCCAGCAUUGUAAAUGAAAACUGGCGGCAGAACCACCUUCCCCACACAGUUGUCAGACCUGUGUCAGAACUGUUAGAUAAUGAGACACUCACAGUGUUUGCUGCAAAUGACACAACCAUCCCCUACACUGGCUGGAUAGAAGUCAGCUUCAGACUAGACAGUGAUUGCUUCCCAACCAGUGAGUUGCAAGUGCCAAUAUUGGUAGCCAGUGACCCAGCCGUGGCCAGUGAUCCCAUCAUCGGCUACAAUGUUAUUGAGGCGGUUGUCAACAGAAGAGAAGUAAAGACCAAAGGUGGAAGAAAACAACUUGCACACUAUGUAAGUAAAGCAUUUGAAAUAACUGUACAAACUGCACAUAAUGUUGUCAGACUGGUGCAGAACAGCAAAAAAGACUCAGAGGCAGGUGUGGUACGGACUGGAGUAAAGAGAGUGCCUUUGAGAGCAAACCAAGUGACCACAGUCUAUGCACGGGCACAUGUUAGUCCACAUUCUCUGGGUCAAGACAUGUUUUUUUUAGCUGACAUGGUUGACUCACCACCAGAGGGCGUCAUGUUCAGUGACGUCCUGGUGCAAAUUCCAGACAGAAAAGUGCCAUAUGUGCCCAUCCCAGUGACUAACACCACAGACCACACCAUUUAUCUAAUGAGUCGUAAAGUGAUCGGACGUCUUGAACCAAUAAAGACUGUAUAUGCAGCAGACAUCCAGACAAAAGUAAAUGAGUGGACACAAGAGGAAAAACAGAGUUCAAAGUUAAAGUCACACACCCCGAAUAACACACAGUCAGACAACAUUCAACAGAGACCAAAGUCAUGGGAUCCACCAGUGGAUCUUCAACACUUGACAGAAAGUCAACAAACAGCUGUGAAGAUGAUGUUGCGGGAAGAAUGUGAGGCAUUUGCAUACAACCGUGAUGAUGUGGGCUGUAUCCCUUCCCUGAAAAUGCAUAUAACCCUUCAUGACACAAGUCCUGUAAAGAAAACCUACAUGUCGGUCCCAAAACCUCUCCACAAUGAAGUGAAAGAGUAUCUGCAGGAUCUACUUAACAAAGGCUGGAUCACACCAUCAAGGUCUCCCUACUCAUCACCUGUGGUGUGUGUCCGUAAGAAGGAUGGUACUCUUCGGCUUUGUUGUGACUUCAGAGAGCUCAACCGCAAGUCAGUUCCGGACCGUCAUCCAAUACCAAGAAUUCAGGACAUGCUGGAUGCACUGGGCGGGAGCUCCUGGUUUUCAGUGUUAGACCAAGGCAAGGCGUACCACCAGGGUUUUUUGGAUGAUGAGAGCCGCCCCUUAACUGCCUUCAUCACACCCUGGGGGCUCUACCAAUGGGUGCGCAUUCCCUUUGGCCUGAGCUCCGCACCCGCUGAGUUCCAGAGGAGCAUGGAACAUUGCAUGGCAGGUCUCAGAGACACUAUUUGCCUUCCGUACCUGGACGACAACCUGGUGCACAGCAGCAAUUUUGAAGAACACCUAGAGCACAUCCGCCUUGUCCUCCAGCGUUACAGGGAGCAUGGUGUUAAGCUGACUCCAAAGAAAUGUGACCUGUUCAGGGGAAGUGUCAAGUUUUUGGGCAAGCUAGUUACUGGCCAGGGUUACACAAUGGACCCAGCAGAGCUGGCCCCGGUGAUGGCCUUAAAGGAAAAAACACCUGCAACUGUCGGAGAGGUACGUCAAAUGCUUGGUUUUCUCUCUUAUUAUAGGCCUUUCAUCGCCAACUUCUCCCGCAUAGCCCAUUCACUCUAUAGCCUGCUUAGUCCUCCAUCCUCUGAGAACUCUGUUUCAGUCCCAGAUGACAAGACUAGGAAGGGGGUGAAGAAAAGUAGAGGCCACUUACCUUCACGGUCACCCAUUCAAUGGACUAGUGCCCACCAAGAGACAUUGAGCCAGCUCAUAGAUGCACUUACCAGACCUCCUGUCCUUGGGUACCCCGACUUUACAGAGCCCUUUGUGUUACAUUGUGAUGCAUCUCAAGUUGGGUUAGGUGCAGUCUUAUACCAGCGACAGCAAGGCAAGAUGAGAGUUAUAGCGUAUGGUUCCCGCACCUUGAGUCCAGCAGAGAAAAAGUACCACCUGCACUCUGGCAAAUUAGAGUUUUUGGCGAUGAAGUGGGCCAUAUGUGAACGUUUCCGAGAUUAUCUGUACCAUGCACCAUCAUUUGUGGUGUACACAGAUAAUAACCCGCUAACAAAUGUGCUCACUACGGCAAAGCUCAAUGCCACAGGUCACAGAUGGGUCGCGGAGCUGGCCAGCUAUAACUUCACCAUCCGCUACCGUCCAGGCAAAACCAACACCGACGCUGAUGGCCUGUCGCGAAUGCCGUUGGACAUUGACAGUUACAUGAAGAGCUGUACAGCUGAAGUGGGACAGGAAGCCAUAAGCGCAUCUAUGGAGUCUGUGGUGGUGGAGCAGAGUUACCCGUGUCAAGGCAUUGGUGUUAUCCAUGUUAGUGCUCUGAAGCUGAUCAAAGAUUCUAACACCAAUCAGCCUCUUACACCAGACGAGAUCCGCACAGCCCAGGAAGCAGAUGAGGUCCUGUCAAGAGUGCUCUGGUACAAGUCACAGGGUAGGAGACCAAGUAGGAUCGAGGUGAAGUCUGAGGUUCCUGCAGUAACUACAUUACUCAGGCAGUGGUUGAAGCUCCACGUCGACCAACAUGGUAUCCUGCACCGCAAAACAGCUCACCGAGAGCAGCUAUUGGUCCCUAAAGCCUAUCAUCCCCUGGUUUUCAAAGAGCUCCAUAAAGACAUGGGCCAUUUAGGGGUGGAAAGAACACUUGCCCUGAUCAGAGACAGGUUUUACUGGCCGCAGAUGGCAAAAGACAUUGAACACUUUGUUACGAAAGAAUGCGAGUGUCUCAAGAAGAAGAAGCCGAGUAAGCAGAACUGUGCUCCUCUGACCUCGAUCCAGUCAACUUACCCGUUCCAACUGGUAUCCAUAGACUUCCUCCACCUGAAAAAGUGCAAGCAUGGCUACGAAUAUAUACUAGUUGUCAUGGAUCACUUCACGAGGUUCGCCCAAGCUUACCCGACAAAGAACAAAGCAGCUAAAACUGUCGCUGACAAGCUCUUCAAUGACUUUGCACUCAAGUUUGGCUUCCCGACCAGACUUCACCAUGACAUGGGUAAAGAAUUUGACAACAAGCUCAUGGCACGGUUGAAAGAACUCUCAGGUAUCCAGGGUUCUCAUACGACACCCUACCAUCCACAGGGUAAUGGACAGGUGGAGAGAUUCAACCGUACCCUGUUGUCCAUGUUACGGACCCUGGAGGACAAGGAGAAGGAGGAUUGGAAAGAGUCAUUGGCUAAGGUUGUCCAUGCAUACAACUGUACGAAGGGCGAGGCAACAGGCUACGCCCCAUAUUACCUCAUCUUCGGACGUUCCCCCCGCCUGCCUAUCGAUCUGCUCUUCAAUCUGAGAAAAGAUGAAACUCAUGUGGACUAUGAUGACUAUGUUAGCUGCUGGAAGAAGAGAAUGCAGGAGGCUUACACAGUAGCUUCCAAGACGGCUACCAAGGAAGCUGCUCGAGGGAAAGCAUACUAUGAUAGGAGAGUGAAAGGGAGAGAUCUUCAGCCUGGUGACAGAGUCCUCCUCCGAAACCUCACUCCCAGAGGUGGACCUGCGAAGAUCCAAUCUUAUUGGGAGAACCAGAUCUACAAAGUGAUGGAGAGAAAGGCAGAUGAUAGCCCGGUGUAUCGAAUCUGCCCUGAAACUGGUCGAGGGAGAGACAAGGUGGUGCACAGGAACCUCCUACUGCCCUGCGACUUCCUACCACUUGAAAAGCCAUCAACACAGACUGUUCAGCCCCGAAAAGAUGCUUCGGCUGUUACAAAGAAAAAGCUGAGACGUCCACGUGUAGAGCAACAUCUAGAAAAUAGUGACACAUCAGAUGAUGACCACAGCGGCACGUACCAGUGGUACUUCAGGGAUGUUCCAGGGAGACGGAGGCAGACUCCACUCAACCCUUUGGCGGAGCCGUUCCAGCCUGAAACAAGUCUUCACGUUCAAGAAGAGGAUGUGCCACUACAGAGCGAAGAGGAUGUGCCACUACAGAGCGAAGAGGAUGUGCCACUACAGAGCGAAGAGGAUGUGCCACUACAGAGCGAAGAGGAUGUGCCACUACAGAGCGAAGAGGAUGGCCCUGACAUUGACCUUGGGAGGUCAGAGAGCGGUGAGGCAGUGAUUGACAUUUCAGCUGCCAACAAAGGUAUGAACCAUGAGUCCAAUAAAUCGGCAUCAUUAGGAAUGAUCUCCACAGCAACUCGCACCACGGCCACAGUCAGUCCCCUCAGCCCACUAACCAAUGGGAACGCAGCUGCCCAGUCUGCAAACUCCGGAUUUGCUGCCGCCCUGCGAAAACUGGCCAAGCAGGCCGAAGAUCCCCGAGUCUCUGCCCUCAGCAGUGAAUCGUCUCCAGUGUCGUCACCAGGCACCAGCCACCCCUCGCCGGUCGCCACCCCGAAGCGGGGCUCUUUAGGGCCCCUCCUGGGCCAGAGCAGGGGCCACAGUGUGCCGAGCAACCCACCCGUGGUCACCAUCGCUCCCACCAAGACCAGCAACGGCCAGUGGAGGACUGACGGCCGACAGGUUGAGUCGAGCGUUCAGGGACUAAGCAGGGAGCGGGUGGGAGCCGAGAGCGCCCCGCUGCAGCAGGACAAGAGGACGGCGCCCGUCCCCCCACCUCAUUCGCUGGCUCAGUCCUUUGGCCGCACACACAGCAGUAUCAUGCAAGACCCCCGCUUGCAGAGCAUAAGUUUACCAGGGCAGAUGCACGCCGUGGUUCCCUCGGGGGCUGUUCCAGAGGAAUACCUGCGAGCUCUCCGGCCCUUCGCCACCUCGGAUGACCUCAGACUGACCUCUCUGCCCCUCAGUCUUGACCCCGCCGCAGCGGCCCACGCAGCGGCAGCAGCUGCCUACUAUCACCCUGCCUACCUGCACCACCCUCUGUCUUUACAAAGCAGGAUGGAGGAGUCCCUUUGUCUUUCUGCACUGCGAUCGCAGUUCUACUCUAUGCCUGCAGGUGGCGCCUUCCCUCCCCUUCACCCUUCGGCCCUGCAGCUGCAUCUACCUGGAGGCCGCUACCCAGGAGAAAUUAACCACACAGCUUUCUCUGAGAGGCUACAGAUGGAGAAUGAGCUCCGCCAGCGUGAAAGAGAGCAGGAGCGAGAACGAGAGAAAGAGAGGGAGCGCGAGGCCGGGCUGGAGCGGGAGCGGGAAGAGGAGCGGGAGAGAGAGCUGGACAGACAGAAGGAGAGACAGAGGGACAGACAGCACCAGAUGGUCCGGACGGCCGAGAGUCAGUACCUGGCUGAGCUGCAGGCUCGAAGGGCAGCACUGCCGGAGGACAGGGCCCGACCCGGAGAGAGACUCACUCCUACCAGGCUGGAUAAAACCAAAGACCCAGACCAGCUGAAUUUCCCAGGAACAAAAGCGGUGCCCCUGCAGCCUGGACUGUCGUCCUCCAGGGCGUCCGUCCCACUCCCGGUGCCCAGCCUGCUGCCGGCUCACCUGGGGAAGCAUCGUGCUGUUGCCUCUGGGGGGAUCCAUGAAGCUCUGGCAGCCGCCAUGAUGACUCAGAGGGCGAGUGAAGAAGUGUGGUUGGCACGGCAACGAGCACAGGGACAGGAGAGGGAGGGCCCACUGGAGGUGGGCCUCAGGUCACCUGGGAAAGGCGUGGAGACGAGAAGAGACAGCCACAGAACCAGUUCAGUCUAUCACAACCAAAGCAAAGACAUACCCCUUGGCGCUCCACCGCCGCUCAUCUCCCCUAAAGGUCCCCACCAUCCCACUGCUCCUCCAACAAACCUGUGGAACCCAGCCUCCCUCGUCGACACGCCCGCAGACUCCCGCAGAAAAUUCAACCCCCCUACACCACCGACCCGACCACCGCCGGGACUGACCCGGACCGACAGGCCUCCAAUGAGCUGGGGAGAAGAUGCAAGCAAGAGGACUUCUAAAAGCCCAGAGAGGUGUCCCCCUCUGAGGGGAGCGGGUUUACAAGAGUCAUGGAGCAGGACUGAGCCGGACCGAGCCCUGCAUAGCUCGUACCCGCGGCAUCACAUCAACAACCACCACAGACCGACCGCACCUCCGUCUGCCCUGACCGAACAGGGGCUUCAGUACCAGGCAGGCCCUCCGUCCCUGAUCCGGGAGCGGCAGACACAAGCGGUGGACAGCAUGCUGAUUUACGAUGAGGUUCUGCAGCAGCACCGGCGGCUGCUCAGUAAGCUGGACCUGGAGGAGAAGAGGAGGAAGGAGGCCAGAGAAGGAGGUUAUUACUAUGACCUGGAUGAGUCAUAUGAUGAGAGCGAUGAAGAGGAGGUAAAGGCUCAUCUGAGGAGGGUGACAGAACAGCCGCCUCUCAAACUGGACACAUCCUCCGAAAAAGUGGACUUUUUGCGUUUGUGCGGCCUCACCACGCUGACCCAUCGGGAUGAACUGCUGUCUGAGAAGAGGAGGAAGAGGAGGAGGAGGAUGAGAGAGCGUAGUCUCUCCCCACCAGCAGUGCAGAGCAAAAGAAAGAUUUGUUCACUUUCAACGCCCACAGCUUCCCUAACCACCCAGUACUCUGCUGAGCAGAUGGACAGCACUCCUGAGCUGGAGGAGAAAAAAGACUUCCUCCUUAUGUUCAACCUCAGCCAUGUCAGCCCUCAGCAGAGGAGAGAUAAGGAGAAGACAGAGGAGCUGCUGAGGGCUAUUCAGAGGAAGACUGUGACAUUAGACACACUCAGAUAUAAUCCUGUGCUGCUGUGUAGAAGUCCUGCUGCUCUUUUCACUGGGGACUCCUCCGCAGCUCCUCAGUCAAAUGGACACCAGUACCCAGAGUCUCCCAGUCCCUCUCCUCCCUACUCACACAAACACAGGCAGAAUGACACGCCCAAAGCCUCCAUGGACUCCCAGGUUCCCCGCAUCCCUCCACCAUUAGCCCCCCAUCAUGACAAAUCUGAAACAGCAGAGGCUCAGUCAAACAGGAAGCUCCAGGUCCUUCAGAACGGCGCCGCCCUUCAGAGAAAGGAGUCCGGUCCUCUAGCGAACGGCCGGAGCCGGCCCUGGGAGAGGUUCACACCUGAGGCUUUCGCUCAGCGCUUCCACCAGGCGGUGCUGCAGUCCACACACAGCACACUGCAGGGCAAAGGCGUCUCAAGCUGUGCGGCAGAAGUCGGUGGAAAACCCGAACGCUCGCUGCCUCCAAAUAACCCUCAUCUGAAAACGUUACACAUCAACCACAGCGCUCAGCAUGCACACGUCAACGGCCACCAUUUCCACUUGCCAGCAGCAAGCCAAGAUGCUCCGACUCUGCGGGAGCACCUGUCCAAUGAGGAAGAGGAAGAGUCAGAUGAUGAGGAGGAGGAGGAAGCGCCAAGGAAGUGGCAGGGCAUUGAAGCUGUUUUUGAGGCCUACCAGGAGUAUGUGGACGAGUGGAGCAUAGAGCGGCAGGUUCUCCACAGUCAGUGUAAAAGACUUGAAGCCCAGAAUUACAAUCUGACCAGAACUGCUGAGCAGCUUUCUCUCACUAUGGGGGAGCUGGUGAGUCAGAGGCAGAAAGUGAGGGAGGAGCGGGACAGGCUACAGGCGCAGCUCGAGCACUUCAGGAGAUGUUUGACACUGCCGAAUGUCCACUGGGGCAGGAGCCAAAGCAACGGGCAAGCACAGAGGUGACCUUCGAAAGAGGCCACGUCACACUGAAGGACUGCCAGGCUGCUUGCCUCACUAGGCAUCUUCUUGUUUCCUCUCUGACCUGUCAGUUGUUACCUGACCUCUCCCUGGGUUUCCUUUUUUUGCCAUGUUGCAAAGCCAGUGGAAUCCAGAGAGUCUGAUCAUGGAUAGUGAAAACUCUUGGCCCACAGUGCCACCCAUAAUUGAGCUCAUAUCUUCAUUAUAUUGGUUAACACACACUAGGAGUCUCUCUGGGUAGCAUCAAGAAGAGUCGAGUUCUUCAGUGAGGUUUAGGUCAAGGACUCAAAGCUCACCUCAGGCCUUAAAAUUGACAGGAUGCACUUGAAAUGGAAUUAGAGUAAAUACUUGACAGUCUUCUGUGUUGUUAAAUGUAAUGUAUUCUGAAUUCAGAGCAGUUUGCAUGCUCACAAAAUGACCUACAGGACAAAUGAAGCUUCUAAAGUAUAUUUAAUAGCAAAAGGGUUUCAGUUGAGGGUGUUUUUUUUUAUUAUUUGUAAUGGUUCUUGUGAUAGACGAAGAGUUUUGUAAGUUUUACUGCUUUAACUUGUGAGAAAGCCAUAUGCUUUGGGGCAACUGCUGCUGGUCAGAAUAAAAGUGUUUAGUAAAUUAUGGACAGUAGAACAGUUGUGUUUUGACGAAAAGAAAUGCUAUGUGAUGUCAAAACGUUUGGGAUUCAAGAGAAGCACUGCUGUCAGAACGUGGUAAAUGUUGGUCUCUGAUAUUGUCCUUGGGAUUUUAUCUGAGGAUCAAUGUCCACAGUAACUAUCGCAUGUCCAUAAAAGUAGUUUUCUGAUGGGCCUUUUGAGUUUUUAUGUGGCAUUGAAGUACUUUUGGACAGAUCCCGGCUUAAUUACGUUGAGAGAGUAUUUUCAACACAAUGUCUCUUGAGACUUGAUGGCCUAUGUGUGACAUGAACAUCAAAGUCAUCCAUUUUUUUUAUGACAAAGUAAUGCCUCUGUUCUCUUUUUAUAAGAUUUAUUUUUGCUCAAGCCACAUAAAUUAACUUCACAAAGAGAAUUUUUUUUUUUUUCAUGUACUAGAAUCUCUUUGAGCACAAGCCACAGUAGCAUUUCCUCCCAGUUCACCUGACAGCUUGGCUCAGUCACCUCUUCAAACCUGCUGAGAAAUCUUGAAUAGUUGCUUCAAUCAGUUUUUAUGUGAUGUAUUAUUUGGGCUGUAUAAUUGCAAUGAACUAUUUAUUACCACAUAUUGGUGUACAUUCCGAUGGAAAUUUACAUUAAAAUAU